GUCCCAGUCCCAGUUUUGCUGGUCUCGCUGCUACCAAGUAGUCCGCGUGAACCUCCACACGUUGCCUGCCCUUCCACUCCCAUAUCUCUCCACACCACCAUCACCUUCCCCAAUACGACCCAACACCACACCAGCAUCGCCCACGAUCGGAGGCAUUUCCUCGCCAUUCCCCCACAUUGAUUGUGAUUUUCCAAAGGGCAUGGUACUCAGUAGUCACACAUCUACUGCCUCCGUCGCCUGUAUCUGUUAUACGGGAGCUGGAGGAGUGAGUUAGAGGGGCUUCCGACCAACACAUCUGAUUCUUCUACCUGGAAGAGUGCAGCCCGUGAAUUCACCCAACAUUCGACCUUCGAUGUCGAUUCACUACGCGCGAUAGUUGGCCCCUUGACAAUAAACCCCAAAUAAUCCGACCUCGACAAAUCUAUCCUCCUUCUGACCAACUUUCGCGAUGGUACAGGUACCUCUGGCUUCCGCCGCUUCGAGCUCCACGAUGCGAGCCUCACCCGCAAGUGGGAUGACUAGCAGUGCGACUUCAACACGAGGGAAGCCCUCUGUGAACGGAAAUGCGAAUAAUCCGGCUGCUGCACCGCUUCCAUUGAGCGCAAUGCACUCCCUCCCUCUAGACUUGACUAGUGUGGAGAGGAGGGGACAGCCUACCGCGAGCCGGGAGACCACCAAAAGAAUACGCCCUCAUGGCUUGGAGGAAGCGCCAACAUUUAGACCAACCGUGGAGGAGUUUAAGGAUCCCUUUGAAUACAUGAAGAAAAUAUCCGCAGAGGGCUCGAAAUACGGAAUAUGUAAAAUCAUUCCACCCGAUAGCUGGCAGCCAGACUUUGCGAUUGACACAGAGGUACGUAUGCGAAUCACAGGCUCCCACAGCUGGGGAAUAUACAACGGUGAUGCUUCAUGCUCCCAAGACAUCGCAAUUGCCUGAAUCUGGUGAUUGAUGCAUUUCUAACUUUUACCAGCGCUUCCACUUUCGCACGCGAAAGCAGGAAUUAAACUCCGUCGAAGGCAGUAAGUCUCUCUAAAUCACGACGACCUUGCGACCCAUCCAGUCCGACCUGAGGAACUAAUCAGUUUUAUUAGGCACACGUGCGAAUCUCACAUAUCUCGACCAACUUGCGAAAUUUCACAAGCAGCAUGGAACCAAUCUCAAUCGAUUUCCGAGCGUCGAUAAACGUCCCUUGGAUUUAUACAAACUCAAGAAGGCGGUCGAGACCAGAGGCGGCUUUGAGAAGGUGUGCAAGCUCAAGAAAUGGGCCGAAAUUGGGCGAGACUUGGGAUAUAGUGGAAAGAUCAUGUCUUCACUUUCCACAUCACUGAAGAACUCAUAUCAAAGAUGGUUAUUCCCAUACGAGGAAUAUCUACGACUUGCGAAACCCGGAGUUCACCAACAACUGGAAUUUGAAUAUGGAGGCCCUCUUACCCCAUCGCCGGCGAACUCUCCCAUCAAAAAGUCAUAUCAAAAUACCCCGUCCAGUUUGCGAGGGGAGUCACCUGCAGUCAGAGCAUCCGAUGCUUUGAAUGCUUCCAUGAAAGAUGAGUUUGAGAAAGGCAUGAAAAACAUUCCAAUGCUCGACUCACCCGCUCAAGCUCCAACUCCACCUCCAGCACCCGUCACUUCUGGAUUUACUCCUGUCAAUGCAGGCGGUUUUACCCCCGUCAACGCCGCUCCAGCAACAUUUACACCCGUCAAUGUGAAUAGGCGAGACCGGGAGGAAAGGAGUUUCACUCCACCUAGGCGCGUACCAUUUGAUUCGCCUCAUGGGUCUGCAAAAGCUACGCCUGAAUAUCGACCUUCUGCUCUCAGUUCCGCCCCUGCGGUCAAUGGUUUCACUUCGAAUCCUAUUUUAAAGCGACAACUUAGUCACGACAGUAUUGAAUCUCGCUCCCGAAAGGGGAGUCAACCGCCGCUCGAUGACGGUGAAGCUAGUGGUCGCCGUAGCAAGCGUCUUAAGAAAGGUAUGUUGACUUUAUGUUUUUCGCAUUCUUUUGAACGUCCUUGGAUGCCGUCCAAGGAUGCCAUUUAUGCAUUUUCAUCCUCCUGCACAGUCAGUUCUUGAUUGGCGAAGGAAGAUCCGGCUAAUAAUUCCCUGCAGAUGCUGUACCAACUGUGGCUGGUUCCCACAUGACUUUGUUCCGACCAACACCCCCAAGGAUUCCGGGAGAGCAUCGCUCAUCUGCCCCUGGUGAGGUAAGCAAUUCUACUAACACUUUAUUUUCAUGUACAUACUUAGAUGAUUUUCAGAAAUGCGAACACUGUGGUAAGAAUGACGAUAUGAGCAAUUUACUCAUUUGCGAGUCAUGCGAUCAUGGUUAUCACAUGUAUUGCCUUGAUCCACAAGUUACACAAAAACCAGACUACGAUUGGCACUGUCCAAGAUGUCUUGUAGGCGAUGGACAAUUCGGUUUUGAAGAAGGCGGCAUCUAUUCUCUCAAACAAUUUCAAGAGAAGGCAGCGGAUUUCAAGGAGGGCUACUUUCAGAACAAGAUGCCUUUUGAUCCGGUGCUCAAUUGCCCAAGACCUGUCACCGAAGACGAUAUUGAGCGCGAAUUCUGGCGCCUUGUGGCAAGUUUGGAGGAGACCGUCGAGGUCGAAUAUGGAGCUGAUAUCCAUUCUACUACUCACGGUAGCGGUUUCCCUACCAUUGAGAAAAAUCCGCAAAAUCCUUACUCCACUGAUCCUUGGAACUUGAAUAUCAUGCCCUACCACCCCGAAUCACUUUUCCGUCACAUCAAGUCGGAUAUUUCGGGUAUGACCGUUCCUUGGUUGUAUGUGGGUAUGAUUUUCUCAACUUUUUGCUGGCACAAUGAGGACCAUUAUGCUUACUCUGCAAACUACCAACAUUUUGGAUCGACAAAGACUUGGUAUGGAAUUCCUGGUGAAGAUGCCGAGAAAUUUGAGAACGCCAUGCGAGAGGCUGUGCCUGAAUUAUUUGAGACACAGCCUGACCUCCUUUUCCAACUGGUCACACUCUUAACACCGGAACAAUUAAGAAAGGCCGGCGUACGAGUUUAUGCCCUGGACCAAAGAGCAGGACAGUUUGUCGUCACAUUUCCCCAGGCAUAUCAUGCUGGCUUCAACCACGGAUUCAAUUUUAAUGAGGCUGUCAACUUCGCCCCCAGUGAUUGGGAACCUAAAGGCGAUGCCGGCGUGGAACGACUACAACAAUUCCGACGACAGCCUUGUUUUUCGCAUGAUGAGCUUUUGUGGACAGCCGCGGAAGGUUCGAACGGUGCUGUCACCAUUCAAACUGCAAAGUGGCUGGCUCCGGCCCUGGAACGCCUACGAGAUCGUGAAGCAGCACAGAGAUUAUUGUUCCUCGAUAAACACAAAGAGCACGAGGGCCCAUGUGCUGUCACCGAUACAAUGGAAGCAGAAGGUGCAAAAUGCCCCUCGGAUUUGUCAUUGACAAGGAGGAUGUGCCAGAAGAAGAAUAUCAGUGCACGUACUGCAAAUCUUACGCCUAUCUUUCUAGGUUCAAGUGUAAUACGAGUGGCAAGGUCAUGUGCAUGCUUCACGCCGGUAACUACGAAUGUUGUUCAGUCUCUCCAGAUCAACGAUACAGCGGAAACAACCACACUCUACAUUAUCGCCGUACUGCCAAGGAAAUCGAUGCAAUUCAUCAAAAGAUUGCGGAAAAGGCCCAUUUACCGGAGCAAUGGGAGGAAAAGGUAGAGAAGGUUCUAGAGGAUGAUCCGACUCCUCCAUUGAAGGUCUUGCGCACGCUUCUUAAUGAAGGUGAACGCAUACCAUAUGCGUUGAAGUCUCUUCCCAAUUUAAAAGGGUUCGUCGAACGUUGCAAUGAAUGGGUAGAAGAAGCAACUAAUUACAUCGUUCGAAAACAACAGAAUCGUCGUAAAAACGAGAAAGCCUGGCGAAAGGGAAGUAAACAAGCCGAAAUGGAGGAACGAGAUCGAGAGCUACGAAAAGUAGAAAAUGUCAAAAAGCUUUUGAAGGAAGCCGAUAAAAUCGGGUUUGACUGCCCCGAAAUUACCCAACUCCGAGAACGCGCCGAAGCCAUCGAUAACUUCCAGCGAGAUGCCCGUGCUGCACUUGCAAACAUUGUACGACGUCAGACACAAGAGUUUGAGGAUCUUCUAGAAUUGGGUAGAGGGUUCAAUGUUGAUAUCCCGGAGAUUGAAAAACUUGACACAAUUGUUCAACAGAUGAAAUGGAACGAUAGAGCGCGCGAUAGUCAAGGCCAGUUUUUGACUCUCAAAGAAGUUCAGAAUCUCAUCGACGAGGGUGCCAAGCUCGAAAUCCCCGAGUACAAUCAGCAUCUACAGCAUUAUAAGGAACAAAGAAAUGCCGGAAUGGCGUGGGAAGCGAAAGCAAAGGAGUUGGUAAAUGCGGAAUCCGUACAUUAUCCACAACUCGAGGCUCUGUCAGCUCAAGCUCAAGCUGCAGCACUUCCAGUCUCACAAGAGACGCUAGCACAGGUUGACCAAAUUCUGAACAAGCAACGCGAGGCUCUUCGGCAAGUUCAAUCUUUGUAUGAACGAAGUCGAAACGAGGACAUCACUCAGCGACCAAAAUAUGCCGAAGUUCGCGAGACCAUGGAGCAUCUGACCGAGUUGAACAGCAAGCCAACCGGGACCAUUGACUUGGAAAAGGAACAGAAGCGUCAUGAGGACUGGAUGCGCAAAGGCAAGAAACUCUUUGGCAAGGCCAAUGCCCCUCUACAUAUCUUGAAGUCUCACAUGGAGUAUGUGCUUGAGCGCAAUGUGGAUUGCUUUGAUAUCAACGCAGACAAGCCAAGAUUGCCUGCUGAGCCUGCUUCACGCGAGCCUAGUCCUUCUGAUGCCAAGCUACAUAGCUGGGAGGAUCCUCGGUUCCGCGAGGUCUUUUGCAUCUGCCGACGUAUUGAAGCUGGCAUGAUGAUUGAAUGUGAGCUGUGUCAUGAAUGGUGGGUUUUCAUCAAUUUCUAUUCUGUCUUAUAUAUACUAAUGCCAUUCAGGUACCAUGGUAAGUGCCUCAAGAUCGCUCGCGGAAAGGUCAAGGACGAUGAAAAAUAUACCUGCCCUAUAUGUGAUUGGCGAGUUCGUAUCCCCCGUGAUGCUGCUCGUCCAAAGCUUGAGGAUCUACAGGCAUGGCAGGAUGAGAUUCCUUCACUGCCCUUCCAGCCGGAUGAAGAGGAUAUUCUCAUCAAGAUCAUCGACAAUGCUCAAGAAUUCCGAUCUCAUGUCGCGCCAUUCUGCAACCCUGUAAUGGCAACGGCCGAUGAAUCCGAGACACAAAGAUUUUAUCUGCGCAAGAUUGAAGGUGCAGAGAUUCUUCUGGCGUAUGAGACGAAUUUCUUCCGUCAAGAGCUACAUAAAUGGUCACCCGUUGCACCAGAGCCACCUCCUGUGUUGGACUCAUCCAAGUCGACAAGAAAGCCACGACCAACCAAACUCCAAAAGCUCAUGGCACAGCAUGGGGUUGAUAAUCCAGAGGAAUUACCUCAAAAUCUAAGAACCAAGCCUCAUACAUUCAAGCGCAAGUCUAGUGAACCAUCAUCUCGACCUCAACCUUUACAGCCUGCGCCGGGUAGAUCAGACUCUGGUACACCAACGUCGCAUACGUUCCCUCCAGCAACAGCUGCUAUGCAUGGUGGACCAAUUCUUUCUGGGAUUCCACCUGAACAUGGUCAUCCUUCGCACUUUGGUGGAUUCGCCGCUGUUCAGGACCCGCAUUUCAGCAUUAGUCCUCAAAGCAGUACCUCACCUGCUUUUGCUCCACAUGCGUUCAUGCAUGGCGGUGGGCUUCAAAGUCCUGCUUUUGCCCCGACUGUGAGCCCCCGAGCACCUGAAAUGUUCAAUGAAGCUGGAUUUGGACGUAUGGAUUCUGUUGCCCUUGGAACCGGUGGCGAUAGCCCAAUGCGUGACGCUUUCACCAAUAGCAGUCAAGCAAAUGGACCAGAUGUUGCACAGAUGUUCAAUGAUCUUACGAAUCAGGUUGAUGAGGAUGCUAAAGUGGAUAAAUUGGCCGAGCAGGAGCGCGAACGAGAUAAGGAGCGAGACACAAAGUGGGAUGAGAAUCCGGAGAUGGAGUUGUUCUUCGAUGGACCUUGAUUUACGACAAAACUCGUGGACUGAAGCAUUCCCAUACCCCUUUCAAAAUUUAUACCAAGGGAAUUCGGCGUUUACUAAAUAGUGCCUUUCAACACACGGGGGGUUUCUUCUGGAGUUUGAUCAGGCAUAUGGCAUCGCAUGGGGUGGAAUCAUUCCAAUUUGAGGUUAUGGCGAAUUGGGAGUCAAGUGGGGGGAGUGAUGUACAAUUGAGUUGCCUUUUGCUUUUCACAUCUUUUUUUUUCUUUCUCUCCCCUUGGGAAUUGUAUUGUCUUAUCUGCCUUGCAUUUUCUUUUGGGCUUUUCUUUUUCGGGGCUUUCUUUUGUUGUUUUUCUUGCUCUUCUUUUUCUCAUAUUUCUGCAUUUUCUGGGCGGAGGUGGAGCACUAAAAGAUUUGUCAUUAUUUGGGGAGAAAUGGGGAGAGGGAGGGGGUCACGGGGUUGUAUUGCGUAGAAGUUGCUUGUCUCUUUUGCUCUGUCUUCUCUUCUUUUUUGAGAUCCCGCGAUGCUUUGGGGAGGGGGGAUGGGGAGGCGUACACAGUGCGAAUUGGGGAUAAGAGGAAGUGGAUGAGUGAGGGAGGGAGAGACAAUUGCUGAAUGGGAUA